UCCUCUGCUUUAUCCAAUCAUUGUCUCUCAAUCACAACCUCAGAAGACUCAAACACUUCCAGACAGAAGCACACACACAAAAGAAGAGGGGCGUUUAGUGUUAAUGGAGGUAGUACUGAAUUCAGCUGGUGCUGUAAAACCGCUUCAUUAUGUCGUUCACAAUAAACAAGUUAAACUUCAUCACCACCAUCACCAAACUGUUUGUUGUUGCUCCUCCUCCAGGAACAAUGAGAAAAUCGAUGGCUUAUAUUCAGGAUUAUCGCACUUUGAGUUGGAAGAUCAUAAGAACAUGGAAAUUCUUGAAUCAUCCAGUAUAGCCAAAGAGAACCAAAAUGACAUUUGGGAGCUUUUCAGAGAGACACAACGGAAUAUUUUGUACUUGAACAAACGUCGCCUGAUUGCUUUAGAGGAGAUGAAGAAAACUCAACAAGAGAAACAAUCACUGCUGGAUAGGGUAGAGCAGUUGGAGAUAGAGCUGGCUAGCAUUCAAAACAGUAGUCCUAUUGCUGCAUCAGACAAGGCAACAAUGUGGCCCCAAUUGCUGCUUCGAAUAGAUUCGAUGGUCCUCACAAGGAUGAUUACCAUAGAGGAAUCUUCUAAUAUCAGAGGGCUAGUUAUUAAUAACAAAGCUAAAGUGGCUAAUACUUUCUCUGAUAUCCAGCUUAAAGGAGAUUCUGAGCUUCUAGAAGAGCUUCGGGAUUUCUCUAUCAAAUGCAAACAAACUGGUUUCCAUAUUAUCCAUAUUUGUACUGAACUGGCACCUGUGGCCUCAGUUGGAUCCUUGGCAUCGUAUGUGACGGGCAUAUCUUCCGAGCUGCAGAAGAAUGGAAACUUGGUUGAAGUCAUUUUACCAAAAUAUGCUAGCCUAGACCUCAAUGGAGUUCAAGGUUUAAGGGAUACUAAGGCAGAGUUCUAUUCCUACUUUGAUGGUAGUUGGCAUGGAAACAAAAUCUGGACUGGUGUUGUUCAUGGCAUUGGAGUUACAUUCAUAGAGCCUGUAAAUCAUAUGUCAUAUUUCAACCGUGAGAUGAUAUAUGGAUACUCGGAUGACUUUGAACGAUUUUCCUAUUUCUCCCGUGCUUCGCUGGAUUAUAUUUUAAUUUCUGGAAAGAAACCUGCCAUCUUGCAUAUACACAAUUGGGAAACUGCAAUUGUUGGGCCUCUUUUUUGGGAUGGAUUUGUUAAUCAGGGAUUAGGAGAUGCAAGAAUAUUGUUUACUUGUCAUGACUUCAAAAAUCAGCGUCUAGAGCAUCCGGAUAAACUUGCUCUAUGUGGACUUGAUCCUUUUCGACUUAACCGCCAUGAUCGAUUGCAAGAUAACAAUAAGAAGCAUCUUGUCAACAUUUUGAAGGGUGGAAUCGUGUACUCUAAUAAAGUUGUAAUAAUGUCUCCAACUCAUUCUGAGGGAAGAACAGAUUCUAGUCUGAGUCAUGGGUUGGAAUCCACGUUAGACAUCCACAAGGAGAAACUGUUGCUUGCCCCAUAUGGAUUUGAUUGCAAAAUAUGGGAUCCUUCCAAGGAUACAUCUCUUCCUUCAAAUUAUUCUGCCGAUGAUUUACAAGGAAAAGCUGUUUGUAAAGCUGCAUUGAGGCAGCGUCUUGAAUUAUCCAGUCAUCCAUCUACAGUUGUUGUCGGAUGCAUUUGUUCAGACGUUUCAGAUAUUGACUUGGAGAGCCUAACGCAUGUUAUCCAGCUUAUUUCCCAAAGGGGUGCUCAGUUCAUUCUCAUGGGCUUAAGUAAAAUCCCAAGCAUAAACAGUGUGUUGGAAUCAUUCCAGAAAAGUCUUGAGGAUGAAGACGUGCGCAUUAUAAGCACGUACGAUGAAGCCUUAUCGCACUUGAUCCUUGCAGGUGCUGAUAUCAUCUUGUGCCCUUCUUUUCAUGACCCGCUGCUACAAAUGCCGCAUAAAGCUAUCAAAUAUGGAGCUGCUCCAGUGGCAUUAAGCUCAAAUAAUAAGUAUAACUCUGUUAGCUGGAAUACUGGCAUGUCAGAGUACAUCAUGACCUCAUUCGGUAAUAUGUCCCUUAGCGAAGCCCUUGACCAAAUUGCAAAGAAUUCAUCCCAAUGGAAUGAGAAGAUAAAGGACGGUAUGACCAAGGAUUUCUCAUGGGGUGCAGAGUGCUAUGACAUACACUUGAAUGCUUACACAUCCAUAAAAAAUUUAUGAAACAUAUAUCAAUUAGCCGUUACCCGUACUCCGAACCCCUGGCGGGGGUAAAUAUAGUAUAAGCAAUGUGUAUCUGUAGGAAAUCUGUCAGUAUUAUCUCCCUGUAAGCUUGUAAGUUAUAUGUGCCAUAAGAUGUAGUAAAAUGUAUAAGAAAUGUAUGGGGCUGUUAAUAUCCCCGCCUUAUUCACCUUCGUUACCCCGUAUUCUGAACCCCUUGCUGGGUAAACAUAGAAUAAUGCGUGAACUCUGUCAGUACUACUACCUCCCUGUAAGCUUGUAAGUUGUAUCUGUGAUAGUAAAAUGUAUAAACAAUGUAUUGUAUUGUAUUUGUAUGUAAACUUUGAGACUGCUGCUCUGCAUUGUAGUUAAGACAAUGAGGCAGAAGAGUUUGUUAUGAUCA